GCUGCCGCGGCGGGGCCGGCGGGACCGGGGCGGGCAGCAUGGGCCGCCUGCACUGCACGCAGGACCCCGUGCCCGAGGCCGUGGGCGGCGACAUGCAGCAGCUGAACCAGCUGGGCGCGCAGGCUGUAUGGAAUGUCCUGUGGCUCCUGGGCUGGAAGCCUGUGCAGCAUCUUAACUGUACUGAAUACUGUAGGCAGUGUAACACAAUGCAGUUCUCAGCCCUGACAGAAGUGCUUUUCCACUUCCUAACUGAGCCAAAAGAGGUAGAAAGGUUUCUGGCUCAGCUCUCUGAAUUUGCCACCACCAAUCAGAUCAGUCUCGGCCCCCUCAGAAGCAUUGUGAAAAGCCUCCUCCUGGUUCCAAAUGGUGCACUGAAGAAGAGUCUUACAGCUGAGCAGGUCCAGGCUGACUUUAUAACUCUGGGUCUUAGUGAGGAAAAAGCCACGUACUUUUCUGAAAAGUGGAAACAGAAUGCCCCCACCCUUGCCCGAUGGGCCAUAGGUCAGACUCUGAUGAUUAACCAGCUCAUAGAUAUGGAGUGGAAAUUUGGAGUGACAUCUGGGAGCAGCGAAUUGGAGAAAGUGGGAAGUAUAUUUUUACAAUUAAAGUUGGUGGUUAAGAAAGGAAAUCAAACUGAAAAUUUGUACAUAGAAUUAACCUUGCCUCAGUUCUACAGCUUCCUGCACGAGAUGGAGCGAGUCAGAACCAGCAUGGAGUGUUUCAGCUGAUUUCUGUCCCCUGCAUCUCCCCCAGACCCUCUUCCCCACCCUCCUCCCUUCCCUGGGUGACUGCUCCUAGAGGCACCUCACUCACAGGCCUCCGGAGCCCAGGUACAAAGGGUUUCUGAAAAACAAUAGGAUUAAAUAUUUAAAGGGCCCUACACAAUUAGCCUAUAAACUCUUCAUUAAGUCAACCACUGCCACCUACCUGUCUUCUAGGACAUGUUUUAGAUAUUCUGACAGGCUAUUGCAUCCCAGAUUCAAGGAGAAAAUAAGUUGUCACCUCCCCAUCAAAGUUCCAGAGUAAACAAAUGGCGCCAUCACUCAAGAUAACCCGCUGAUCACCCUCCCCUCUAAAAAUCAAGAGCUUGUUUAUGGCUGAGGAUUAGGCGGUUGUAUGAAUGACAAGGAUUCGUGCCUGUGGUGCACUGCCAAUCAGUUUGUCAUGAGGCACCUGUGUGUAAAUACAUGCUUGGUUUUCUCUGAAAAGAACUGAGGCCAAACUCUGUCCCCACUUCUGGUUUUGCCCUGAUGUGUUGUAAUGAUGCGGGCCUUUUGAGGCGGUUUUAGUUUGUUUGGGUUCAAGCUGACCAGCUCUGUUGGUUAGAUGAUGAAUAAAGAAGAUUCUGAAGAAAAGGUCUG